GCCGAUUACUAUUUGCUCAGUUGCCGAUCCGCGCGCCACCGAGCACUUGCCAAUACGACUACACACUCCCUCGAAAAUGCUCGCACCGAUGCCGCCGACGAUGGACAUUCUCAAGACACCGAAAGUUGUGUCGCCUUUGGGUGUUGUCGAUGAGAACGUCAACCAAGGCGCGUGGUCCAAGGAAGAGCACGAGCGGUUCUUGAUCGCUGUGCAGCUCUACCCGGAAGGCCCGUGGAAGGCGGUCGCCGAGAUCAUCCAGACGCGCAACGCCAAGCAAGCGCAGACGCACAUGCAGAAAUGCAAAGAGAAGCUCCAGCGCCGCUUCAAGCGCACGUCCAGCGCCGACUCGGACGACAUUGAGCCGUAUGUGAUCCACCGCUCCAAGCACUCGCAAAACUUGCGCAUCCCCGAGCUGCAGCCAAUCCCGUUCGACCACCGGCUCGCGAUGCCCGGGAGCUUGCUCAGCGACUGCUCCAUCUCGAUCGACGCGGCGCUCGACUUUUUCCUACAAGACAUGACGACGGCGACGUCGCCGUGAUGCUAUUUCUUACACUAUUUUAUUGCGCGAGGCGACGGCGACCCAUCGGUAGAGCUCGUCGUCUCGUGCGCACGUGAUGAUAUACUCAACAACGUACCCUUCUUGAAGCUUGUAUUUUCCUUUUCGAAUACUGUCGUCGUGCUCGAUGUGGCACCUUAGAAAUCCUUUU